AUGAAUUGCUAAAAUUCUAAAUGCAGCAAGAAUAUACCUUACAAUUCAAUAUUAAAUGGAAAUCAAAUAACAUGUGAUAAUUGUUCAAAUGCAAUUUACUGUUCAUUGAAAUGUCGAGAUUUUGAUUGGUAAAUAAUGAUUUCUAAUUUGGUAGGGAAGCAUACCAUUACUUAAUGUGUAAUGGUUAAUUUGAAUUAGUUCCUAAAGUGUCUUUAAGUUAAUUGAAUGAAGAGAUGAAUUUGAUAGGUUCAGGAAGUUUUGGGUAAGUUUAUCUAAAAUAACUGAAUGGAUAUAAUUUUGCAAUAAAAAAAAUAAACAAAUAUAUUGGGAAUAGAGAACUCAAAAUUCAUAAGUUACUUAAACAUAAAAAUAUAAUUUAAUUAUUUUAAUUCUUAGAGAAAGAUGAUGAUUUAUUUUUAAUAUUAGAAUACGCAAGUAUUUAAUUUAAUAAAAAGUUUAGAAUAUGGACAUUUGACAACAGAUAUGUAAAUAGAUCCUAAAUAGAUAGUAAUAUAGAUGUGUAAUUCUUUAUAAUACUUACAUUCAUAAGGUAUAAUUCAUAGAGACAUCAAACCAAGUAAUGUGUUAAUAGAUCACAAGAAUAAUGUAAAAUUAUGUGAUUUUGGUUUGGCUACUCAUAUAGAUAUCAUUAGCAAUUUUAGUGGAACAUAUGAAUUUAUGGCUCCAGAAAUCUUAAGGAACUAUCCUUAAUCUUAUUCUGUUGAUAUAUGGAGUUUGGGAUGCUUGCUUUAUUGGAUGCUUGAGAAAAAACCAAUAAUAACAGGUAUGGAAUAUAUAAUAAGUUAGGUAAUGAAGCAGAAAUGAUAGAGUAAAUUUUGAUGUUUAAAGAACCAAUAUUUACAAUUAUAGACCCAUUUGCAAAAGACUUAAUUAAAAAAAUGUUGAAUCCUAAUCCUAAUGAAAGGAUAUCUUUGAAAUAGAUAAUAUUACAUCCAUUUAUUAAAAGAGAAGAAGUAAAUAAGAUGAAGGUAGAAGAGUCUUCAAAUUCGUAUUCUGAUGAAACACAAACGAGUUUUCAUCCAUAAUAAAUUGUCUCUUAAGAAUAAAGUAAUAAUAAAAAUAGAAAUGUGUUCUAGAGGAUUGCUAGUUUGUUUACUUGUAUGGCUAGAGACAAAUGAA